AUGAUCCAACUCGCCCUUUCGUUAAUGGUCACUACGGAACUCGCCUUAGUUCCAUUGCCAUACUGGAUGCUCAAACUGUCGUUAUUCAAAAGUUUACUAUACAAGGGAGUAAGCCACCAGGUGAGUAACUUAACUUCAAGAGGAGAAAGUCAGCCGUUAGAUGCAUGGAUUUAUGCAGGGCGAGGAGAGAUCAAUCAAGAGAACGGGAAGAAAGCGCUCAUACUAGGAAGAGACACACCUGAACACCACUGUUCCAUAAAGGAGGACUGGACGAACGAGGACAUUGUUGUUCGUUUGGGAGAAUACCAAACUGUUUAUGAUAUUGAAUGGAUAAGCGUGUUUUGCUACAACUACUCAGUCGAUUUCGCUCAUCUUCCAGUUAAAAUGGAUCACACCAAGGAUUUUGUCCCAGCGCAUUUACCAGAACUUCGGAAAAUGGCGCCUUUCCGCGAAAGAAAAAGAGAAUGUGUUUAA